GUUCCCUGCCUUACAGGAGGUUUGCUUGUUUGAACAGCCAGGAUAAAGACAGCUGGAGGCCAUUGUGGUGGAGAUGCAGGACCCAAAAAGUGGCGUCAAAGGCUCAGAGCAGAAGCUUAACGUCACUACCAUCCCACAUGUCAUCUUUGGUAAGGAUGUGAUUGCAUGGAUUACUAACAAGAUGAAGAGCACUGAAGAGGAGUCUCAGGCUUUUAGCACCAUGUUAGUGGCCUAUGGCUACAUCUACCCUCUGCAGAAUCAUAAGAAGCUGGUGAUGUGCAACGAUGCUAGCCUCUACCGCUUCCAGACCCCAUACUUCUGGCCUGCACAGACAUGGGUUGCAGAAGACAGUGACUAUGCUAUUUACUUGGCCAAAAGGAACAUCCGCAAGAAAGGCAUGCUGGAAGCCUAUGAGCAGGCACAUUACAACCACCUCCGUGAAUGGCUGAACCACAAGUGGGAUUUUAUUGUGAUGCAGGCCACUGAACAAUACAAGGCGGGUAAGGAGAGAAAGAAGCCAGACCGUGUUGUGUUUGACUGCCAGGAGAGGGCUUACUGGAUAGUGAACAGGCCACCGCGUCGCACUCACAGUGCUAUGGAUGUUGGGCCAGAGCGUCUUAUUGAUCCUAACACAGAAGAGAAAAUCAGCUUUGACCAGCACAGGCGCAUGAACAUUUUCUAUCAACAAGCCAUCAUGAGGUCAAAGGUCAAAUCUAGUGUGUCCCUUGGAGCACUGGUGAAGUACAUCACGACAUACAAGAACCAUGACCCAUUCCUGGCUCCAUGUUUACCCAGCAACCCCUGGCAAACAGACAAUGACAACUACUGGACUCUUAAUAUGAGAAGAGUUGAUGUCCCCACUAAGAUGCGAGUGGAGCGCUGGUCUUUCAGCUUGUUUGAGCUUCUGAGUGACCUGAGAGGUAGAGACGACUUCAAGGUCUUCCUCAAGAAGGAGUUCAGUGGGGAGAACUUGGCUUUUUGGGAGGCAGCCGAAGAACUAAAGUGGGGCACUGCAUCUUCCAUGUCAUCAAAAGCUGAGACCAUCUUCAAGACUUUCCUGGCCCCAGGUGCCCCACGCUGGAUCAACAUUGAUGGCAGGACAAUGGGUCUGACAGUAAAAGGCCUGGACCAUCCACACCGCUAUGUGUUGGAAGCUGCCCAGACACACGUCUUUCUGCUCAUGAAGAAGGAUACUUUCUUUCGUUACCUCAAGUCGCCAGUGUACAAAGACAUCCAGAAGAAAGCCCAGAGCCCUGAAACUCAUAACUUCAGCCCAGCCCAGCUGGAGCAAAAUGCUCAGAGCCGAAACGUAGGAAUCCAUCCAAUUAUCCUCUGGCAGCAAGAGGAGGAGGAAAAGGCCAAGGCUGCUGCUGCCUCUGCUCCUGUUGAUGUCAAGGCUAUGAUGAGCAAAAUAGACAGAAAGAAGUAGAGAUAUACAGGAAAGUGAGUCUCUGUUUGUGUCUUUUAGCAUGCAGAUGAACCAGUCCUCCUUUAGGGUACUUACACUGUACAGAAGAAUUUGCUUUGCAUGCCAAUGAAUGUGAUUCCAUGUUUUCAAGUCAUCAAUUGUGAAAAAUCCCUGUCUCAGUAAAGCUAAUCAGAAUAGACCCACACAGACACAGGCCCUGGCGAAGGGAGGUUGGAGGGGCCACUGAGCAUGUUUAAGCGAUGCAUGUUUACAUUCUUUGUCCAAAAGUAAACCGAACAAAGAUAAGAUGCUUAAUUGUGCUAAUUUGCACACAAAGAACCACAAAACAUGUAAAAGAUGACACAUUUAGGGAUCAACCAAAAACUACCACAGAGACAUGACUCAUGAAAAAAAUUAGCUUAAAAAAGUAUUAAUCAGAUAAAAGAGCUAUGAUAGGACUCAACACAAACAGAGAGGAAAAAAUUAGCAUUAGAUAUGCAAAUAACAAUUUGCCCCCUCUCAAAUGUGUGGGUUCUAAUUUAUUUGAUGUGUCCAUGGUAUAAAUUAGCUUUUUAAUUAAAGGCAUCUCCAAAAUGUAGGUCUAAGUCAGAGGUGACAUAAAACUUUUUUUUUUGAGCGAUACAGUUGUUUCAGAGACUUUUCCCAAGUAUGUUCUUUAUUCAUACAAAUAUUUAUUUUUAAAACUUGAAUCAAGAAAUCAGUAAAGUAAGAGUUUUUCCAUGCAUGUAAGUCAACUCAUUCAACAGUAUGAAGGAAGGUGAAGGAGCAAAUGGUCAUUUAUCAUUGUUGUGUUUAUUUUCUAUUCUUUCAUGGCUGCAGUGUGAACUAAAAUAUAAUAUGGUUGUGGCUGUAUGAACCAAUGUAUAACUAAAAAGUCAAUUCAGAUUUAAGUAUUAUUGUCAUGAAGCUAUCUUUUUAAUGCUUAUUAUCUAAGCAGUCACUGUCAAAGAAGAACACCAAAACACAAAAUACAAAUACAAUAAUUUUCUCUAUCCAUGAUUUGAACAAUGUGUUAAUCUGGUUUCUUCAUUAAUAAAUAAGGUUAAAGUAG